AAACAGGUAUUCACUCACGUGGUGUCUUUUCGUCUCUCUCCUCCGUCACAGGUCCGGUAUAAGAAGUAUGCUAAACAGAACACAUGUUGCCACUUGUCCCCACCAAGGAGCACUCCUGUCCCACGUUUUGUCCCUUCUUACAGCACCCGAUGGGCUCUUCACAAAAGGACGGAUCCUCCCAGACCAGCUGGUACUCUUGCAUUCCCCCAUGCCAAUCCAUGCCUUGUUGUUUCCCAGCACGACCUGAGAAACUGUGGCCGAGAACGCUUUCCCAGAAGAUCUAGCACGGCUUCUACCAGCUCCGGUUCCUUUCAGCGAAGCAAAUCUCUGGCUUGUUUGCCUACCACAAGCUCUUCCUUGACUUCAAAGUUUUUUCAUUUUAGCGACCCAAACUCAUUAAGCACUUUCUUUUCCUCAGGCAGGACAAGAGCCCGAGUUAACAUUGAUGACCUGGAAGGGGUUCAGGAGACUGAUGUGGACACAGGGAUGAAACUUGCUUUCUCCGAUUUAUCUGUGGUCUCUGCUUACUCAGCUCCUGAUGUUUUCGGUAAGGAAACAGAAGUAAAGACAACCUGUCCCAUUCAAAAUCAAAGUGUCAACAGAUUUAAGCAGACCAUUUCUAAAGGAAGAUGCUCUUCGGCCAAGUAUCACCCCCUUCAGUUAUCAUCCAGCUGCCUUCCUUUUCUGUUUGAUUGGUCUUCUAGUUCUUCCACAUCACCAUCAGCUUCUCCUUCAGCAGUUCUCUUUGGGAGCAGACAUUUACCAAGAAGGACAGCCUUCUCUCUCGAUGACAGCAGAACCACUGGUGGUGGAAGAGCAGAUGAAGAAGAAUUCUAUAUCUGAAUUU